AAUUCCAUUGCAAUUGAUCAUCACUUCAUCAGAACACAAACCAUCAUCAAGCGAUUUAAAAAAAAAAAAACAGAAAUCCAAUUAUGAUCUUUCAUGGCUCCUUUUUAUCAACCUCUAAUUUAAUGGGUGGUUUUAGACAAGUCUUUCGAUGAAGGCUGAUUUGAUCUGCUGCCCUCUGCUUCCCGAUCUGGAGAUACGAUGGAGAAGCUGAUCUGCUGUUGGAUCUGGAGAUGCGAAGGAGAAGCGAUCUGUUGCCCGAUCUGCUACGGUGCUACCCUGUGGUUUCUUCUUUGUCGAUAUGGCUGGAAAAGUGAUGGAAAGUUGGAAACUAAAGAAUCCAGAACAGUAAUGGAGAAAACGAUCAGAUCUGGAAAAGCAAUGGAGACUGGACUUGAGAGUGGAGAACCGAUGGAGACUAGAGAAUGGAGAAAAAACUAUUAGAUUUUGCUUUUGUGUUGGAAAAAGUGGGAAAUCGUGAAAAAAAAAAUGAAAACGAAGUUGCAGUAUGCUUGCAGCGUCCAGUCACCGUGGAAGAAUUCGCCCGGCCGGUUCACCGGGUCUAUCGGGUUGGACGGGUCGAACGGUUCUUCCGGGUUUGGACGAUCCAACCGUCUAAACGGGCCUGGGUGUCCACCCAGCCCGUUUUGUCCACCGGUUGACGGUUCAAUCGGUUGAACCGACCGGUCCGAUCCGGUUCUUAAAACACUGUCUCUCCCACAAUAACAUCACAGGAGGAUUCCUAUCUUGGUUGUUCAGGAACAAUACAGGAUUAGAAGUACUUAAACUAGGAGAUAACUCCAUUUCACAACCUUUGCAGUUGCCUUCACAACCUCAUUUCAACAUUGAAAUCUUAGAUGUAUCCAAGAGUAGCUUAUUGGGAAAAAUUCCUAUAAACAUGAGUUCAGUGU